GUAAGAAUCAAUAAAAACCGAUAGCGUCUAUUACACACGCUCUGCUGCCUCUAUGACUCCAAAUUCAAUUUCAUUCCAUAUUUUUUUCACAUUAAAUCUGUUUAUAUGAAAAUUAUAAGAUCUUCCUUUACUUUGCUAAAGAUCUCAGAAAAAAAUGUCAACAAUAUCAUCAUCAAGUCCAAGAAGUGUAGAAGAGAUCUUCAAAGAUUAUAAUGCUCGUCGUACUGGAAUUGUUCGUGCUUUAACUCAUGAUGUGGAUGAAUUCUAUAAUCUAUGUGAUCCAGAGAAAGAAAAUUUGUGCCUAUACGGACAUCCGAAUGAAACCUGGGAAGUCAACCUUCCUGCUGAAGAAGUCCCACCUGAGCUCCCAGAGCCAGCACUAGGAAUAAAUUUUGCGAGGGAUGGGAUGAAUCGGAGAGAUUGGCUUUCACUGGUUGCGGUGCACAGUGAUUGUUGGUUGCUUUCUGUGGCUUUCUUUUUUGGAACUCGUCUUAACCAAAAUGAAAGGAAGCGUCUAUUCAGCAUGAUCAAUGAUCUACCAACGGCCUUUGAAGUUGUGGCAGAAAGAAAGCAUGUAAAAGAGAAGCCCACUGCUGAUAGUGGAAGCAAAUCUCGUGGUAGCACGAAGAAAUCUGCUGAAGGUCAGGCCAAAAGCACACCAAAGCUUGCAGAUGAAAGUUACCCGGAGGAAGAGGAACAUGGUGAGACACUGUGUGGAAGCUGUGGUGGGAAUUAUAGUGCUGAUGAAUUUUGGAUUGGCUGCGAUAUCUGUGAGAGGUGGUACCAUGGGAAAUGUGUUAAGAUAACACCUGCGAAAGCUGAGAGUAUAAAGCAAUAUAAAUGCCCGUCGUGCAGCUUGAAACGGAGCAGACAGUAGUUGUUUCAUGAACAAUGGGAGGCCAUAAGUGCUGGUGCUCUGACCAUUAACAGAAUAGUAUAGCAAUCUUACAAUUGUGAUUGAUAUCCUAUUGUGAUGUUUCCUUACUUGACACUUGGAAAGGAAAAUGUAAUUUACCUUCUUCCCUUAAUCCAUGUUCGGAUGCUAGCUCAAUAUAUAGAAAAACUCUUUUACGUUAUUGUAAAGGUUGCUAUAAUGUUAGCGGUUUUGUAGUUGAAUAAAGUAAUUGAUGCAUUUGGAUUCUGUUGACAAUAUGUAUUGGCAAACUGACAUAUUUACCUUUCUUUUUAGACUCGUCAAAUGAACUUUCACUCUUGUUAAA